CAGUGCAACAGAGCUAGUAUCAGGAGAAAAACUCGGGGUCCAGAACAUGGAGUUUCUUCGAUUUACAUACACUAUGAUUGUUUUAACAUUAGGCCUUCUUCUUUCUGUCUCUUCAGGACACCCUGAGAAGAGGAAGGAAGGUGACCCCCUGCCUUCACCCGGGAAGUGCGAACCCAUUCGGAUUCCACUCUGCCAAGGCUUAUCCUACAGCCACACCGUGAUGCCUAACAUACUCGGCCACACAAACCAGGAGGAUGCCACACAGGAAAUCCAUCAAUUUUAUCCUCUGGUCAGAGUGCAGUGUUCCCCUGAGCUCCAGAAGUUCCUCUGCUCUGUCUACAGCCCCAAGUGUGAGAAUGGGACGCCCAAGCCUGUGUGCAGGACCACCUGUGAGACAGCUAAACGUGGCUGUGUAUCGCUUAUAAACAAGUUCGGCUUCAGCUGGCCAACUUUACUCGAGUGUGAGUCCUUCACCACCGAGGCUUGUGAACAGGACUUAACUACUCCAGUUUCAAUCCAAAAGAAACUUGUUCAAGCAGGCCACACUGUUGGAGACCAAGUUUUGAGUCUCCAGACUGUUCGUAUCUUGGUGUCUCUGAAGGAUGUUGACAGGUCAGGAAAACUGGACGAACCCAAAUAUGAGGAGCUGCAGAGUUACGUGUCUGCGGCCAAAAGAGAAUUCGAGCAACAAGCAAAAAACGGUGCAGUCAGUUUGAGUCAAAUGAAGAACGCCCUGGCAGAACAUGACUUGCGGCUAAAUGACCUGAAUUUCGGCCUGCUCUGGGACAGAUACAGCACCGCAGAACAGAUCAACUAUGAUGAUUUUGUGGCCAUUCUUGCAAGACUGGAGACCUUAAAGGAGCGCUUCAAGUCUCAUCGAAUGAAAAAUUUGCCGUGCGACUGCGUGAUGGCCAGCUUUUCACUGGACGAUUUCAUCAGAGACACUCUUCUGUGAAGCGAUCUGUGCUCUGCUGUGGGGAACGGAUGCCACACGUCCUGUGGUUCUGGAGCAUGAACACGUCAGGAACCACCAACAAUGCGACAAUAUCACCACAAGCCACCUUAUCUUGGUUACCCAUGUUCUGGAUUCACAGAAAACACAAGCUGUCCCCAAAAAACAAUUUUAGUUACUAAAACAAACAAUCCAGCAGUAUGAAAGACAGUUUUAUAUAUAGACAGAAGGCGACAAAAUAGAGGAAUGUAAUAUGGCAAUAUUUGAUCAAAUUGUGUCAAAUUACACACUAUAGGCCACUAUAUCCUUUUCUCAUUUGUGGAUAUGGUCAGUUCUUAAAGAACACUGACCAACUGCAAAGAGAACAUAAUUAGUCAUGUUUAAUUGGAUUUAGCACAAUGUAAAAACGUAUUUAUGAAAAUAUUUGUAGUGUUUGGUCAUGAUUUGGCAUGAUACAUAUUAUCUUAAAGUAUACUUGUAUUUUAUAUUUGUGUUUUUGCCAUAUUGUCCACCCCUACAUUAGCAUAAUUUGAUUCAAUCUACAUUUAAAAAAUAGACAGCACUAGCUUUCAGAAUUUAGAACCAUUUUGCCAACUGUGGAAUUAGACCUCCGCAUUUAA